AUGAAAUGCUUCACCAACGCGUGGCGUCUGGAGUGUAUAGACACCUGCUGCGCUGCUGCUGCCUUUUCUUUUUUUUCCUUUUCUUUUUUCUUCUCCACAUUUAUGUCUUCUUGCCUUCCAGCCAGCAACGCAGCAUCCCCAUUUGCUGCUGCUGCUGCUGCUGCUGCUGCUGCAGGUGCUGCUGCUGCUGCAGCAGCAGCAGCAGCUGCUGCUGCUGCCCUCUCAUUUGCGUCUCCUCGGUCUUUGGCCGCUUCUCUGCUGCAGCCUUCCAGCCAGUGCGGCGCUGCGCGAGUCGCAAAAUUCCUCCGCUGCUGCUGCUGCUGCUGCUGCUGCUGCUGCUGCUGCUGCUGCUGCUGCUGCUGCUGCUGCCGCUGCUGCUGCAGCUCAAGUCGGCGAGGUGUACGUACACCUGAGACCGCAGGGAAAGGCGGAAGGGGCUGCAGGACUGCAGGAUUUAAUUUGGAGAAUUUUUUUGCGGCUUGCUGCAGCCAGAGCGCCAUGCUGGGGCUUCCAUUGAGUCUGGCUGUGGCUGGGGGGCAGGGGCGGGGAAAAGAGGAGUUUUUGAGUUUAAAUGAGGAGAAAAAGUGGAAAUAA